GGUUCAGUAUAAAAGAUAAGUUCGACGGGAGCGAUCGAAAUGGCCAGCGAGGCGACAGAAACUUCAGAGUUCCUUAGGGACAAACAAGAGCCUGAGCAGCAGGAAGAUACUUCGGAUACCACAUGUGGUUUCUGGCGGUUCAAAGGCCCUAACCUGCAAAGAUUUGCCAGUGAGAACAUAUACAUGGUUAUCUAUGGGAUUGCUGGCUGCUUUCUGGCCAUUGCCUUCUCGUACUCCAACGGAACCCUCACCACUCUGGAGAAGCGUUACAAAAUACCCACCAAGAUAACGGGAGUCAUUUCGGUGGGAAAUGAUAUAAGCACAGUUUUCUCAUCGGCCUUCCUGGCCUACUACGCCGGCCGAGGACAUCGACCGCGUUGGAUAAGUUUCGGCCUCAUUAUAUUGGCUGUGUUCUGCCUGCUCAUGCUUAGCCCGCACCUCAUCUAUGGACCUGGAGAGGAGGCCCUGAGUCUGACCCGAGAAUACGGGGAGUCCAUGGAUCAUACUCUAAAUGGAACUAAACGGGAUGAGGCGCUUUGCCAGCAGGAGAAGCCCAGUUGUGUGGAGAGCAAGGCACCCAGCGACUUUAUGCCUAUUAUGAUAUUCUUCUUGGCGCAGUUUGUCUGUGGCGUUGGGUGCUCCUUGUUCUAUACUCUGGGCCUGUCCUACAUGGAUGACAACUCCAAGAAGUCAAAGACCCCAGCCAUGAUAAGUUGGUCGGCUUUCCUGCGAAUGCUGGGACCGGCCAUCGGUUACUCGUUGGCCUCGGUGUGCCUCCGCAUUUACAUCGAUCCCUUCAAGGAGCCGCUGAUCAGCAAGGAGGAUCCUCGCUGGCUGGGUGCCUGGUGGUUGGGAUGGAUUCUGUUAGCCGUAAUCCUCUUGAUCUCCGCGUUCUUUGUCGGCUUGUUCCCCAAAGAAAUGCCCAGUGCCAGAGCCAGGCGUUUAAAGUCUGUCGCUGGCACUGGCACCGAGGCGGAAUCUCCACUGGGGGAGCGCUCUUUCAAGGACAUGGUCGAAACCCUGAAACGACUGGCGGCCAACAAGCUAUACAUCUGCAAGACAAUCGGCUCCAAUCUGUACUUCUUCGGGUACAUCCCCUACUGGAUAUUCACGCCCAAGUACAUCGAGAUCCAGUUCAGGCAGAGUGCAGCCAUGGCCAACAUGGCCACCGGAACCGUUGCACUGGGAUUCUCUGCCGCCGGAGUUCUCCUCUCCGGCUAUGUGGUCUCAAAGUUUAAGCCGAGUGCCCGGGCCAUGGCCGCGUGGAACUGUCUCGUUGACUACAUGACGGUGGCCGGUAUCAUUUGCUACAUGCUCAUUGGCUGUGAGCCCAGCGACAGGAUGAACUCCAUGGCCACACUGUCCGCCGGCGACAGCUGCAGUGCCUCCUGCCACUGCGACUUUGUGCACUUCGCCCCCGUCUGCAGUCCGGCAAACGAAACAUAUAUUUCCGCCUGCCACGCAGGAUGCUCGGAGAAGUUGACGGAUGACCUAGGACGAACCACGUACUCUGGCUGCAAGUGCAUUUCCUCCUCCCUCUCCCUUUCACCAAACCUGACCCUCCCUGAUGAGAACCAAUUCGCUUCUGAUGGAGUCUGUCCCGUUGACUGCUACGACCAGUUCCUCAUCUACCUGGCCGUCAUGUGUCUGCUGAAGUUUGUGGGGGCCACUGGGCGAUCGACUGAUCUGCUGCUGGUGUUGCGCUGUGUUCCGGCCGAGGACAAAACCAUUGCUCUGGGCAUUGGCAACAUGCUCUUUUCCGUGAUGAGCUUCAUUCCAAGUCCCAUAUUCUUUGGCUGGCUCAUCGACUACUAUUGCCUGGUGUGGGGCAAGACGUGCAGCACCAAGGGCAACUGCUGGCUCUACGACACCGGCUCUUUGAGGUACACAAUGAAUCUCGUGUCCGCCACGCUCAUUUUACUGGGUAGCUUCUGGCACAUUGCCGUCUGGUAUUAUGCCAAGGAUAUCAAAAUCUUCGACGAUGAGGAGGUAACAGAUAAUCCACGAAAGGAAGAACAAACGGAGCUGAAGGAAAAACCUAGUAAAAGUGAUAAGAACUAAAAAUAAAUACUAAACCAAAAAAAAUAAAUCUAGGGGGAAAAAAACUCAA